GCGCGCUGCAGCCACCAUCGCUCAAGCCGCAGAAAACCUAUUUAAAAAGGAAAGGGAUGAGUUCAGCGCUCCUGACUCCGCUAUCCGCAUCCGAAGAACCCAGCAUUCUCUCCGGGCUGCGCGUCCCUCAAUCUGGAUCGGCAUUAAUGAAUGAAACCCCAGGGAAUAUUCAGCAUUCAGUCGCGCAGGGAGACUCUGUCACACCAGCUGCCGAGAAGGGAUUUAUGUCGGGCUUGACAGGCUGCUCAACAUGAGUUUUCCCCUCGGGAACUUCAUCGGAAGAUUGUCAAAUGCGUAAAACGGGGACGGUCGUCUUCCCCUCUGCUUCCAAAGGAGUCACGCUGUGAUUAACGGAUCAGGUUUUUGACUGCCAGGACAAAUGAAUACAAAUGAAUUUAGGCACCCGAAGGAGAGAUUGCAGAACCUCUCGUUUAGGCACAAAGAGAGCCCUAUUGCUCUGCACAAUUUUAUAUUGUACUUGUUACCUAGGACUUGCACAAGUACACUCUGAAGAUGUGGACAUCCUCCAAAGAUUGGGGCUUAAAGGAGAGAAGCCAUCCCGCUCUGCGCCAGCAGGGGUCAUUCCAUUUAAAUCUGGGGUCAUCCUUAAUCAGCAGGCACACAUUGAGGCUCCACUGCGCUCAGUCAUUCCAGCGGGGUUCUGGCCCAAGUUGGCACUGGUCCUGAGUGUACGGUCGCACCGAGUGAACAGUGCUUUUCUCUUCACCUUACUUUCAAGGAACAAAAAGCUCCUUCUUGGCCUGCAGCUUGUACCGGGCAGUCUUGUCCUACACACAGGACCAAACACAUCAGUGGCUCUGCAGUACGAGCCUCAUGAUGGCCAGUGGCACCAACUGGCUUUGGGAAUUAAUGGACAGAAAGUGACUCUAUAUGCCUCCUGCGGAGAGCAGAGUAUUCAGGCGGACUUUGGGUGGGAUAGUGAGGAAGGACUCACUUCACAGCUUGAGGGCUCCUUUCUGUUUGGGCGAACCAGCCAGCAACAGGUGUCUGCGCAUUUCGAAGGAGCCAUUUGCCAGUUUGACCUGGUACCUUCUGCACAGGCAGCUCACAAUUACUGCAGGUACAUUAAGAAACAGUGCAGGGAAGCAGACACAUACAGGCCUAACCUUUCCCCUUUGCUGCCUAUACUACCAAGAAGGACAAACAUCUCAGCUACUGCUGCAACCCCAAAGCGCAGUGGUCUACAGACUGCCAGGAAGCCCACAACGUUUAGCCUUGCCAGGAGCGUUGCUGCUGCCGCCUCAGCUGUUAGAUUUGUAACCCCCUCACAAGCAAAAAAGCCAUAUCAUGGCAUCUUCUCCACUUCCCAGUCUGUAACAAUGAUGCCAGUCACAGCUCAAGUUGGUUUGGUUGCUCCAUCUCCCAGUAUCAAGACAGUAACUGUAACUGUGCCUUUACGAACAACAGCCGGACCAGCAAAACUACCGGCCUCCAGACCCUCAACGACUAAAGUUCUAAAGCAAAAGUCCCCUAAACCCACACUCCCAAAGCCUACUUCAAAGAACUCUUCCAAAAAGACAAACAUAGUGACAGACAGCAACAAGAAACCUACUGUUCCCACCAACACCAAGAAACUUACUGUUCCCACCAACACCAAGAAACCUACUGUUUCUACCAACUCCAACAAGAAACCCCUAAAGACAAAACCCAAUUCUGUCUUACUUAAUCAAGCUCCUGUCACCAAGAAACCUCAACCCACAGCAGCAAAGAAAACCUCUUCCAAGCCCAAACCCACAUUGCCCAAACCCACAACUUCCAAACCCCAAAUGCCCAAACCCAAAACUUCCAAACCCAAAACAAAUUCUAUCAAGGUCAUCACUCCUAAACCACCAUUAUCCAAAGUUAACCCCACAAAAUCCCCAAUCUCCAAAAUUACCACUGCUAAAACCUCAAAGGCACUCCACAAACAGAAUGCCAACCCAACAAAGCAACCCAAAACUACCAAACCUGGAGUCAGUCAACGACCUACCAAGACCUCAUUCAACACAGUCACACCACCUGCCACUGAUGGCUUUUUUAGCUGGGAGGUGCCACCUAUGCUGCAUCCACUGCUGGCAGGACCUAGAGGACCUAAGGGACUGAAAGGAGAUCGAGGUCCGCCGGGACUGCCAGGACCCCCAGGGAAGCCAGGCCUGCCAGGCAAGAGAGGUCCUCGGGGCGCCCCUGGUCCUCAUGGGAACCCCGGUCGACCUGGUCCACCUGGUUUAAAGGGGAAGAAAGGAGACCCUGGCUUGUCACCUGGACCAGCACCUAAAGGAGAAAAGGGAGACCCCGGCAUCAUCGGCCCAGUUGGAAAACCUGGUCAAAUAGGUCGAAUUGGACAGAAAGGUCACCCCGGUCCACCUGGACUCCCUGGAGAGCCUGGGGAGCAGGGGCCAGUUGGAAGCCCAGGUGCCAAAGGUUAUCCUGGCAGGCAGGGUUUACCAGGGCCUGUAGGGCCAAGGGGGCCUAAAGGUGUCCGGGGUUUCAUUGGAAUCCCUGGCCUUUUUGGUCUCCCUGGGCCUGAUGGUGAAAAAGGCAUUCCUGGUGAACCAGGGAAGAGGGGCAAGAUGGGUAGGCCGGGCUUUCCAGGGGAGUCAGGAGAAAGAGGCCCACCUGGAGCAGAUGGAGAGCCAGGAGACAUGGGACCCUUAGGUCCAAAUGGAGUUCCUGGACUUAUUGGUGAUAUGGGACCUGUAGGAGAAAUGGGCCUUCCUGGACCAGCUGGACUGAAAGGGGUUCCAGGAAAUGCAGGAGAACCAGGACUGAAAGGUGAUAAGGGAGAAAUUGGGAUUCCUGGAGAGCAAGGGGAGAUUGGCUUCAAAGGAGAUAAGGGUAUCCAAGGACCUCCAGGAUUAAUAGGCGUUCGUGGGAAACCAGGGCCACAGGGAAAAGAAGGAGAUAAAGGACCAGAUGGCACACAGGGACCUCCAGGUCCUGAGGGUUUCCCUGGUGACAUGGGACCACCAGGAGAGAACGGCCUUGAAGGACCAAAGGGAAAACCAGGAGACAGAGGUUUACCAGGGCCACGAGGGAUCCCUGGCUUGGAGGGAGAUGAGGGUCCAAUUGGGCCAGCAGGACCACCAGGGCUAGAGGGAAGAAUGGGAAGAGAAGGAUUUCCUGGAAAGGUUGGGCCAGAAGGAGUUAAGGGGGAGCCUGGUGUUACAGGAAAACCUGGACCCAUGGGAGAAAGAGGCUUGGUGGGUUUCAUCGGACCUGUGGGAGAGGCUGGACUGGCAGGCGAGAAGGGGGAUCGAGGUCAGAUGGGCGUUCCCGGACCACCUGGAGAAAAGGGAUCAAUGGGUCACCCAGGAAUUCCAGGUGAGACUGGACCUUCUGGACCACCUGGAAGACCAGGCCCUCCUGGAGCGUCUGGCCCAGCCGGUACCAGAGGACCUAAAGGCCUGCGGGGAGCAAGAGGGCCUGAUGGUCCAACAGGCGAGAUGGGCUUAGAAGGCAAGAAGGGUCCUGAUGGUCCUCCAGGAAAAAUAGGAUUCCCAGGAUCACAGGGAAAGAUCGGAGAGCCAGGGGAAACUGGGCCUAAAGGAUUUCCUGGUGUUCAAGGACCUUCUGGACCACCAGGGGACAAGGGAAUUGCAGGGGAGCAGGGGCCACCAGGCCCACCUGGGACUGUAGGACCAUUGGGGGAAAUUGGCCAAAUGGGUCCUCCAGGCAAACUGGGAGAACCAGGCCUACCAGGCGAGCUUGGGGAAAAGGGACCUAUCGGACCUGCAGGAAACAUUGGAGAACAAGGGCUGAUUGGACAGAGAGGAGAACCCGGCUUAGAAGGAGAUCCUGGGCCAGCUGGUCCUGAUGGAGCUAAGGGGGAAAAGGGUGAUAUGGGUCAGGAGGGCAACAAAGGCGCCAAAGGUGAAACUGGACUGAAGGGGAAGGAAGGUCCAUCAGGAAGUCCUGGUCUAACAGGCGUCCGGGGUCCAGAAGGAAAGCCAGGCAAAAUUGGGGAAAGAGGCAAACUAGGUCUGAAGGGGGCUAAAGGUCAUAUUGGUCAUCUUGGAGAGACUGGACCAGUUGGAAAAAUGGGACUGCCUGGUACUGUUGGGCCUAAGGGGUCUAGAGGAACUAUUGGACAUGCGGGAGCCCCUGGUCGAAUGGGUCAACAAGGGGAACCAGGUCUUCCAGGCUACCAGGGGCAUCAAGGACCUCUAGGGCCAAUGGGACGCCCAGGACCAAAAGGUGAAAAGGGGGAGCAGGGGGAUGAUGGGAAGCAAGAGGGUCCUCCUGGUCCUCCAGGUGACACAGGACCUCCAGGGGACAGAGGAGAAAGAGGGGAAUCAGGAGACCCAGGUUACAAAGGUCAAAUUGGUGUAGAUGGAGAGCGAGGCAGACCUGGAGCUCCCGGAGCACCAGGUCACUCUGGACCACAAGGGCAGAAGGGACCCAAAGGGGCUAAAGGAGAUCAAGGUCAGAAAGGCAAAAAGGGUCAGCUUGGACAAAAAGGAGCCAGAGGAAUAGAGGGUCAAGGGGGUCUAGCCGGUCCCAGAGGGGUGGUUGGCCCAGAGGGCCAGGAAGGUGUGCCUGGGCCAGAUGGUCUCCCUGGAAAGGAUGGCAGUGAAGGCAUGCCGGGCGAGCACGGUGAUGACGGGGAGCCAGGUCUUCCUGGUAAAGCUGGCGAACGUGGUAAACCAGGUGUUCCAGGACUUCCAGGAGAUCAAGGGGGCAUUGGACCAAAGGGUGAGCAGGGCCUUCAAGGACAGAGUGGACCACCGGGAAAAAAAGGUUUUAAAGGUGGUACGGGAAUUCAAGGGCCAAAGGGAGACAGAGGACCCAAAGGACAACCUGGUGAUACAGGGGCUCCAGGUUUUCCAGGAAUUUUAGGUGUUUUUGGGCCAAAGGGGCCUCCAGGAGACUUUGGCCCAAAGGGCAUACGAGGACCAAAGGGGCCACUAGGGGCACCAGGCAGAGUGGGAGUUGUUGGCCCAGUGGGAAUAAUCGGCCCCAGUGGAAGCACUGGUCCUCGAGGACAGAAGGGUAGCUCAGGGGAAAUUGGAUUUCAAGGUCCACGGGGAGCCCCUGGGCUUCGCGGACCCCCAGGACUUCCUGGCCCCCCAGCUGUCCCUCUGUCAUUUAAAGAAGAUGGUGUCUUGUUUGUGGAUACACCCACCCCCUUCAGGACUGAGAAUAAGCCGUUAAUGGAUCUGCCUAUGCUGGACCAGGGAGCAGAGAUCUUUAAGACCCUCCACUACCUCAGUAACCUGAUCCAGACCCUGAAGAACCCACUGGGCACUCGGGACAACCCCGCCCGCAUCUGCAGGGACCUGUACAGCUGUGAACAGAAGUUAAAUGAUGGCACUUAUUGGAUUGAUCCCAACCUGGGCUGUUCGUCCGAUACCAUAGAAGUCUCAUGCAACUUUACUGAGGGUGGACAAACUUGCAUCAAACCAGUCACAGCUUCCAAGCCAACAGUUACUGUUGGUCGGGUCCAGAUGAACUUCCUGCACCUGCUGAGCUCAGAGGCUGUUCAGCAUAUCAUCAUCCACUGCCUGAAUGUCUCAGUUUGGAGGUCAGCGGAAGAUCUACUUCUUGUCCAGGAGUCUGUGAGGUUUAAGGCGUGGACAGGGGAGGUUUUUGAAGCGGGAGGAGAGCUUGAGCCCGAUGUUCUGGAGGAUUCCUGCUGGAUAAAAGAUGGACGCUGGCACCAGACCCAUUUUGUGUUCCACUCCCUGGAUCCCACCUUGCUUCCUGUGGUUGACAUCUACAGCCUUCCAAAAAGGGCUCCAGGCUCACAUUACCAUCUUGAAGUAGGUCCCGUUUGCUUCCUGUGAGAAGCAGUCUAACCCCUGUGAGCAUGGAGGGAUGGACUUCCACCCCUGCAGGACGCGUGUGUGCUGGCUUGGAGACCAACAACGGUCUUCAAAUCUGUCCAAGAAAAAGGCAACCCCUCCCCCCCCACACACAAACACACACAACAAAAAUCCCACUCGACUGCAGAAACAGAGAGAAAGAAACAAUGGGAAACUGGGGGGUUUCGGGUGCCAGUGAGGAGUUCUUGCACUAUAACGGCUUCUCUGUACGGCAAAAGCUUCUUCAAGCCUUUCAAGGAGGAUCUCCACAUGGAUGCCUGCUUGGAGAAAGAAGGCCACACAAUGUCUCUAGAACAUUAAGAAGUCAAAGGAGACAAAAGGCCAGUUCAAAAGUGAACUGUUAAGAUAACUUAUUUUUGGUAUCUGUGCACAGUCUAUUUACUGUGUGCAUUUUGGGAAAAACAUAAUUCAAACAUGUCAGAAAAAGAAGGACAGUAGGAAUUGGAAUGAUGUAAAUGUAACACACGUGCACACGUAAAGGGAUAUGUGUGUGUCUGUUAUUUGACUUUUUUAUCUUUUUUAAAGUAAUAAACUAAGUGCAAUGGAAAAUUGAACAAUAAUUCUAUAUUUGGAAGAUAUAUGCAAAGAUUUAUAAACGGUACCGCUUUAUCUGUCUGUGGUGCUCGGUUCUCAAUUAUCACUUUGAGGUGAAAUAACGCAUUUGGAGCAGAAGCUUCCAAAGCUAGAUUUCCUCCUGGAAGUAGGGAAACGGGCAUCGCCGCGUCAGCUCUCAAUUAAAAGCCACAAACCAAAGUUUGUAAUCUGUCCACAUGGGGCAAGAAAAUGUUUUCUGUACUUUCUGCAGAGGUGGUUACUCAGACAUUAUUGAACCAGAUGCCACUGAUGAUCAGGAUAUAAAAAAGCAAUGAUUAGAUGUCUGAGCAGAAGAGGAGUAUAGAGCUCAGGUUCUCAGUAGUGUUUUACUUAGUCCUCUCUAACUGUGGAGUGUGAUCGUUUCUUGCUUUUUGGUUUAUGAUUUAAAAAAAGGUGUUAUUAUGAAAUCAAAACACUACUUACAGCCGAUACAGGUACAGGCAAUCCUAGGUGGAGAACUGAGCCACAGAAGGGAGGAGAGUGGGUACAAGAAUCCAAAUAAAACCUCCAUCUUUCAUCAGAUCCUCCCCCAGUGCAUGGUGCUAAGUCAAUAACGUCAGGUGCUAACUGUAGUGCUGUUAAUACACCACUUGCAAAAGUUUUUGAGUGCUGUUAAUGCAUGCUUGUUUAAAGAAAUUUAAAAAAAAAUCAUUUAAAAUGUUAAUUUGUAAUAUCUGAAAGUCUCCAGGUUGUCAAUCAUCUGUUUAUGGAUGUUUAUUCUGAGUGAAAUUUAUCGACAAAAAUCUAAAAUAACAUUUAAAAAAAAAAGAAUUUUUCAUUUUGAUUUUGAUCCAGCAUUAAUCACAGGGUUUAAAGUAUUUCUAAGGAUAUUUUUUUCUGUACAAAUCCCCCCUCAGCUGUAUUUAAUAUUUUUUAGAGAGUAGUUUUUAUUAAAUUAAAUAUUUCUUUCUUGUAGUUGACACAAGUGUAUAUAAUUGUGUAAACCUUGCUGUAUACAGUGGAUCCCCUAUUGCUAAUUUAAUGUUAUUUAAUGUUGUGGUUAUUGACAGAGGAAAUUGAUGUCAGUUGAAGCAAAUCUAUUCUUUUCUGACUAUUUUAUAUAUCAGUUAUCCCAACUGGUCUUGGAGUUUUAAGAUUUUUUAUGUGUAAAUUUGGGGCUCCAGAGUUUCCAAUGUUCAUUCUUUUAUUUUUUUUUAAUUGUUAUUUUUGUUGUUUUCCUAUAUGAUAAUCAACCAUGUACUGUAUCAGGACUGUGCUAUGCUAUAAGGCGUGAUUUAAAAUAAUUAUGCAAAGUAUGUGAAAUAUGUUUCUAUUGUAAAUCUGUUCUUAACAUGAAAAUGAGCUAAGAAUACCUCACGAUUUGAAAAACUUGGAGCAAAGAUUUUCUAUUUUCUACUACUUUUUUUUUAACUCAAGCCUGUUUGGAAAUUUCCACCAACUGCAGCAAUUCAUCAAACUCUUGAAAAAAAACAAAUUCUGGUCGAUUUAUUUUUUAUCUGUUUUACUCUUUAGUCUUUGUUCAGUGUACAAUUGUUCAAUAAAUAUUCUCAAUGGGG